AUCAAAUGUGAAAAUUGGGUGGUAUUCUUUUGAGGUCAUUCUCACAUUGCUUUGGAUUUGAUACCCCACAUUCCGUGUUCUCAUUUGGAGCAUGAUAUGGGGGGAGGAGUGAGGAGAGAGAAAGAACGAAGCUUCUAUAGAGUUGGACGGGGGGAAUUCGAAAACCUCUAGUUAUGACUUUGGAUGGCUGUAGAGGAGGGAGAGAGGUGUGAGGGAAGUCAAGGUAAGGUUUUAUCUGGGGAGUCUUUUGUGUUCAUUUUGAUGAUCUGGGUCGGCUGCAUUUGCUCAAGACUGGCUUAGAAUAUUAGUGUUUUUUGUUUAUGAAUUUUGGGUGUUUGAUGAACUCAGGCUAUGGGUUUUAAGUUUGUUGAUGUGCUUUUCUUUGAAUUUGGAAUAUGGGUUUUGCUCAAGAUGUGAUCGGUGAUCUAGUUUUUACACUGAGAAGGGUUUUGUGAUCGGGGGUUGGAGCAUUUGGAGGACUUGAGGAGUUUGGCUGGUGAAACUCAGUGAUUGGGAUUUUGUUUUUGGAGGUUUGGAAAUUUGGGUUUGCCUUAGAAUUGAAAUUGAUCGCUGGGUUUUGAUCUGAUUUAGUUUUGCAGAGCAAAAAUGGAAACUUUUUUUUUUGAAGAUUUCAUUAUUGCUUUGCUGAAUCAGGUGUUAUUUAUAUAGCAGUUUCUUCAAGUUGGGAGUGAUCUUUGUAUACAUUUUGAAUAUUAAUUAAAUGGCCACGGCGUCGCCGCCUCCUAAUUCUUCUCCUUCCGCGGUUCCUCCGACCUCUGCCGCCACUCCACCACCGCCCUUGUCUUCUCCUCCUCCUCCUCCGGAGUCUUCUACUCCUCCAUCUUCCCAGCCCAAUGCAGAUCCACCGGAUGGUGCAGCAGGUUCUACUUCAUCCCCACCACCUCAAUCACCUCCUGCUGUUCCAGCAGCGCCACCUCCAGCAUCACCACCACCACCACCACCAACUCCUUCCCUAGCCAAUUCUCCUUCGUCGCCUCCACCUCCUUCUCCUCCACCCCCUUCUCCCAAUGCUCCUCCACCGACUCCUCCGCCAUCUCCACCCAUUGCUCCAGUUCCGCCUCCCUCCAAUCCCUCACCUCCGCCAUUAACACCACCACCAACUUCACCUCCACCGCCACCACCACCGACCAAUCCGCCCAGGAGUCCGCCUCCCCCACCACCUACAGAACCACCAGUGACUUCACCUCCUCCACCAUCUUCAAACCCCCCUAAAAGUUCACCACCACCAUCAGAACCACCAAAAACCUCACCCCCACCACCAUCUAAACCACCCCCUGUUUCACCACCAUCACCAUCACCAUCAAGUCCACCUGAGGAUUCACCUCCACCACCUGUACCUGUGCCACCCAGUAAUUCAACCCCUCCCGCCCCGUCUCCAUCUGGUUCUCAACCAGCAACUCCACCCUCUCCAAAUUCUCCUCCAAAAGGAUCGCCACCACCACCCAGGACACCAACUCCACCUCCUCCUGCACGUUCCCCACCACCUCUUUCUCCCCCUUCAUCUCCUCAAACUCCAAACUCGCCAUCAGAUAGCCCAUCUGUGAACAAUUCUACCCCCAAUGGAAGUCCAAAUUCUACAAGUAAAGGAGGCAUUGGUACUGUAGGUACAGUGGCUAUUGGAUUGGUACUGGGUUUAGUAGUACUUGUUCUCAUUGGAGUGGCUUUCUUGUGCCUGCGGAAGCGGAAGAAAAAGGUAUCUGGACUUAAUGGUGGCUAUGUUAUGCCAGCCACACUGGGUUCUUCUCCGAGAUCAGAUUCAUCUUUUACAAAGACACUGUCUUCAGCUCCCCUCAUAGGAAGUGGUUCGGGUAGCGACUUUGUAUACUCACCAUCUGAGCCAGGAGGAUUAGGCAAUUCAAGAUCAUGGUUUACAUAUGAAGAACUAGUCAAGGCAACAAAUGGAUUUUCAACUCAAAAUCUUCUGGGCGAAGGUGGAUUUGGUUCUGUAUAUAAAGGAUACCUGCCAGACGGGAGAGAGAUAGCAGUAAAGCAGCUAAAGAUUGGUGGGGCCCAGGGAGAGCGAGAAUUUAAAGCUGAAGUUGAGAUUAUUAGUCGGAUACACCAUCGCCAUUUGGUCUCACUUGUGGGUUACUGCAUUUCUGAGAGCCAAAGGCUGCUCGUCUAUGACUAUGUUCCUAACAAUACCCUUUAUUUCCAUCUUCAUGGGGAAGGUAGGCCAGUUAUGGACUGGGCAACACGUGUUAAGGUUGCUGCUGGUGCAGCUCGUGGAAUAGCUUAUCUUCAUGAAGACUGCCAUCCUCGGGUUAUUCACAGGGAUAUUAAGUCUUCAAAUAUUCUUUUAAAUUAUAACUUUGAAGCUCAGGUUUCAGAUUUUGGACUUGCUAAAUUAGCUCUAGAUGCUGAUACUCACGUAACAACACGUGUAAUGGGGACUUUUGGAUAUAUGGCUCCCGAGUAUGCAUCAAGUGGCAAGUUAACUGAGAAAUCUGAUGUCUUCUCUUUUGGAGUUGUCCUUCUGGAGCUUAUUACUGGACGGAAACCUGUGGAUGCAUCUCAACCCGUGGGUGAUGAGAGUCUAGUUGAAUGGGCUCGACCUUUGCUUAGUCAUGCCCUUGAGAAUGAGGAGUUCGAAGGUUUGACAGAUCCAAGGCUUGAGAAAAACUAUGUAGAAAGUGAAAUGUUUCGUAUGCUAGAGGCUGCUGCAGCUUGUGUCCGUCAUUCAGCUGCAAAGAGACCACGAAUGGGACAGGUUGUUAGAGCUUUUGAUAGUAUGGGUACCUCGGAUCUGUCCAAUGGAAUGAGGGUGGGUGAAAGUGAAGUAUUUAAUUCUGCACAACAAUCUGAAGAAAUUAGAUGGUUUCAGAGGAUGGCAUUUGGUAGUCAAGACUACAGUACAGACUUUUUUAGCCAAGGUGGCUAGAAUAGUUAAGUAACAUGGCAAAUAUUGGGAGAGAUGAAUGCAUAUUGAACCAGGAAGUUCUGCAGAGGCAAGCCAGGGUCCUGUUGAUGUUGAUGUGAACGUGGAGCGAUGACUUAGGUAGUGGUACAAAUUUGGCUCAGAUCCAGAACCUGACCGAGCAGGUAUAGAGACCAGAAUUUACACCCUCAGCUCAGCUUAGAUCCUGUAAAUGGUUUCAUUCAUCUUCUAUAAUCUAUACAUUCUUUCUUUUUGUAAGUAACACGGCCAGUUUUUUGUUUCCACCGAAAUCUGGGUGUUGUUAAUAAAAUGCCAAUUUUCCGGUGCCAUUAAUAAAAUGCCAAUUCAAUUUUGUUCUCGUGCAA